CAGUCACAAGUACCCUGUUCCACAGAUAGGUGACAGGGCAGACCCGCUAUUUCCGCGACAUUACGAAUCCAAAAUGUCAGACAUCGAUAAAUGGAUUGAUAUUGCAAAAGAGUGCAAAUACCUACCAGAAAAUGACCUCAAGAAAUUGUGUGACAUGGUUUGCGAUUUGCUCCUCGAAGAAUCCAAUAUCCAGCCAGUAUCGACUCCAGUAACCGUAUGCGGUGAUAUUCACGGACAGUUCUACGACCUGGAGGAGUUGUUUCGGAGCGGAGGCCCAGUACCUGAUACAAAUUACAUAUUUAUGGGAGAUUUUGUCGAUAGAGGAUAUUACAGCUUAGAAACAUUUACCCGUCUGCUAACACUAAAGGCCAAAUGGUCAGACAGGAUAACGCUAUUACGAGGAAAUCAUGAAUCGCGCCAAAUCACACAAGUUUAUGGAUUUUACGAUGAGUGUCACAACAAGUAUGGAAAUGCAAAUGCGUGGAAGUACUGCUGCAGAGUAUUCGAUCUUCUUACAGUAGCUGCUUUAAUUGACGAACAAGUGCUCUGUGUUCAUGGUGGUUUGUCACCAGCUAUUAGGACUCUAGAUCAAAUUAGGACAAUUGAAAGAAAUCAAGAAAUCCCACAUAAAGGUGCUUUCUGUGAUCUAGUGUGGUCCGACCCAGAAGAUGUCGAUACCUGGACAGUAAGCCCACGAGGAGCCGGAUGGCUAUUCGGAAGUAAAGUUACUCAUGAAUUUAUGGGUAUAAAUGAUCUUCAACUCAUAUGUAGAGCACAUCAGUUAGUUCACGAAGGGUAUAGAUACAUGUUCAAUGAUAAGUUGGUGACAGUUUGGUCGGCGCCAAACUAUUGUUAUCGAUGUGGCAACAUAGCCAGUAUUCUACAGUUCACAACGGUGGACCAGAGAAAUGCGGUGUUAUUCCAGGCAGUGCCAGAUGCCGAAAGAGUGAUUCCCCCACUUACUACAACACCUUACUUUUUGUGAUCUAACUCGGCGCUCCAUCUGUCUCGAUGCAGAGGAGCGGCGUCGGGAUCUAGGCCUCACGGAGAUACAUGACUGCUCCUUUGUCAAUGAAUUGGGCUGGUAUUUUGACAGCAUGAACGAAUGUUCUUGUAGUAUAUCAUAAUUUGGGAGGUUUUUUUAUACAUCAGUUUAUCAUGAAAUUCGUAGUUUUUGUUUUCUUUUUUUUCCGUAUCAAGAUAUAUUUCCGGCACAAUGAUUGUGCCCUUCUUUAUUGUUCAAGUAAAAUUAUAUGUAAAGGAAUUUAUGACCUUGUUUUUUAAAAAAAUUUUAUACGCUAGAAAGUUGUCUGUGGUAAACUAUACUGAAAAAUAUAAUGAUAUAAAAAGGUUCUGCCAUUGCAUCAGCCUGAUCUGUUUACUUAAAAGAGCUUCUGUAAAAAUUCAACAACGACAUUCUAUGGUCUAGAUGCUUUUGCUGCCUACUGUGUACAUUCUGUAGAGCAUUCGCACCUCAGAGCAGCAAGUUGGACAUGUUUGGUCGCCUGAGAGCUUUUAAGUAACUUAUAAAUACACGAAAUGUCAUUGGUCCAGUGAUGUAAAGGGAAAUAACAUAGAAAAUAUUAUUAUUCAAACAUUCCGACAAGAAGUGGGCUCUGGGAACAGUGAAUGCUUCUUCGACAUUACAGUUUACUGUGUCUAGAAUUCAGGUUUCAAGAAUGCAUAAGCCAAUGUCGUAUCGUUAGGGUCUUCCCGAAGAUAUUAAUAACUUGAUUCUGUUCUAACGAGCUUCGUACCGACUAUUAUUUCUAAUGCUAAUAUUGUAUCUUUAUCUUGAAUAAUUGUACAAUAAAAAUAAAACAGUAUGAUCACGGAUGGUCCGGUAAAAGUUUAGCACAUACCAUUUUACUUGAUGAUAAAAAAAAGCAUUGCAACAUUUUUGUAUGAAACAUGGCAAUAUUUUAUCGAUAACCAAUUCCUUGCAUUUCGUAAAUUAUAUGAUGGCUUAUUGAUAUCAAUACAUAAAUGUUUUAUAAAUGUUCAAAUUCCGUGGAACGCAAUAACUGAUACUCAUAAAAAAAAAGACACAUUACUUUAGGAACGAUGGUAACCAUAAACUGUACGAAGUUGAACUUAGUAUACAGCUAGUUCAGUCCUUUCCGUGACCAUCUUGAUACAGUUGAAGCAGAGAUACCACUUUGCCAAAUAAAAAGAAAAGAAUAACAAGUAUGAGUGUACAGUUUCCAUAUCAUGUAUUCAUAUGCCAAAUUAUUGUUGUAUUAAAUAAUUGAUAGGUAGAUUAUCAUAAGUUUAUUAACGUAGGGAGCAAUUUUUUAAACUGAGACCCUUAGCAAUGUGCCUCUAAAUUAAUAAGCGUUUGUGUAAUAUAAUAAUACAUAAUGAAAAUACAUGGAUAGUAUUAACUCACCAGCUGCUGCUGUUGCUGUUGCUGUAUGUAACAAACCUGAAUUCUGGCACUCUUUGUCACUAAUUUACGAUACUCCUACUGAACACACAAACGCAAGAAUUAUAGUAUAAAAUGGCACUAGCUGCCAAAUCAAACCAAUAUACAAUUUCAAAUUUUAUCAAAUCGACGGAGUAGAUCUGCUCCGAACAGAUCAUAUAGAAUUUAUAUCGUGCACGUAAUGCGUGUUCUUUGUUACAAAAUCAUGUCAGUUCUCAAAUGCCACGUUACAGUGCUUUAUUUUUAAUGCAAUUACUGUGAGAAAUUCCUCAGCUUGGCAUUUACACAUUAUAGAGGUAUAUCAAUAUCUGAAUUUCAUGUAUCCGUAAGAAUGAUAGACAUUUAUAUUGCCUCAUAUUACUUGCCAACUGACACAGAAUCGUUGAACAGUCUGUUUUAAAGUGACAACAACAGUAUGCAAGUGUCUUUUCUCGUUUCCCCCCGUUGGUCAUGAUAAAAAUACUUUUGAUAUAAAUGGAUAAAGACUUGAAUAAAAUCAUUGGCUUAAAUGGAUGUGGGACUAAUUAAGACAUUGGGACUCACGUUAUAAAUUUUAUAAUCGCUUCGGUAGCAUCUGAUCCUUCGUAGAUAUGAAAACGUGAAUAUCUAUACGGUUCGUACUCUUGGGAACCUUAUAGUAUUAGCGCCUACACCUGCUGAGGUACUUAUCACAUUUGCCUCCGUAUCUCUCUAUUUGCAAACACUCAAGCUUUGUCAAAGUGUCUAAGUACUUGCACCAAAACACAUAAGUAUACUUGAUUCACCAAACUUAAUUGAUAAAAAAUAAAGGAAGCUCAAAUUUUGUGCAGGAGCUUGAACGCUACAAAUGACCUUCAAAUAUCUCACAUGGAGACACCACAUUAUCACGAUCAUGUACCUUGAAAGUAUAGAACUUUGUUAUGUUAACGUAAUAAACAUCUGUAAUAAAAAAUCCGUAAAAACUGA